AUGUAUCCAGAUUCCAGUCAGACGUACUCGCAACCUCAAGGACAAGUCAACAGUCAAGUGCAAGGCUACGGUGGAAAUCCACAACCAGGCACCGCUAUGACUCCUGAUGGAAUGAAUGGUCGCAGCUUUCCCACGGAUCCCAAUAGACCAUUGCCAACUCAUCCAUAUCCAGUUCCUGUAACUGAUCCCAAUGGUGCUGUGAGAGUAGAUUUGAAGCGUAAUCCAGCAAUGUUGGGAAUAGUGCCUGAUGAGAAGCCCGGAGAAACAGGAUUGAAGCAAACAGUUAGUUAUGUUGCUUUUCUGUUUGAUACAGAGGCAGCUCGAUUAUUAUUCCCUGUGCGAGAUGGCAUUAUACUUAUGCCCUUCAGACUUCAACAUAAUCUGUCAGUAGGUAGUAGGCAGGAAUUCUUGUUUGAUAGCACUCUAACAAGUUUGUGUGAUAAGUCUGAUCUGGAAAUACAAUUCAAGUGUUACCAUCAUGAAGACAGGCUGCACCAGACGAACUGGCCUACUGCAGUCAGUGUGAACGUCAACGCAGAACCAGUACCAGUUGAGAGGGGAGAUGGAAGAAUGGCACACAAGCCUUUGUACAUUAAGAAGUCGUGUCAAGUAGGCAAGAAUACGAUACAGAUUGCUGUGACUGCAUGCUGCUGUUCACAUCUCUUUGUACUGCAACUGGUUCAUCAUCCUUCAAUUAAUUCGGUGCUGCAAAGUCUUUUGAAGAAGCGUCUCCUUGAAGUUGAAUUAUGCAUUGAAAAAGUAGGUUAUGAGUAUCAUUCAUAUGCUGAGUAUGGUGUGGAACAGACAAGCAUCAAAGUCUCGCUAAAGUGUUCUCUCUCAUUUCGGCGAAUCUUGUUUCCUGCUCGAGGCAGGGAAUGUCGACAUGUACAGUGUUUUGACCUGGAGUCAUAUUUGCAAUGGAAUUGGGAACGAGGGACAUGGAAGUGCCCUGUUUGCUCGUAAGAGGUGGCAUCACAGCAGUGUUAACAUUUCUAUUCAUGUGAUUAUUGAUUACAAGAAGCCAGUGCCUCUUGAGCUGAUUGAA